GUCACUGAAAAGGAGAUCAGGCAAUGGUACAAAGGGUUCGUGAAGGACUGCCCGUCGGGUCACCUCACGGAACAGGGGUUCCUGAGGAUAUACAAGCUCUUCUUCCCGCAGGGAGAUCCAUCUAAGUUCACCUCCCUGAUAUUCCGAGUAUUCGACGAAAACAAGGAUGGUGCGAUUGAGUUCGAAGAGUUCAUCCGGGCACUCUCGGUGACGUCGAGGGGCAACGUAGAAGAAAAACUAGACUGGGCCUUCAGGCUGUACGAUGUAGACAGCGACGGCUACAUUACGCGGGAAGAAAUGUACAACAUCGUCGACGCCAUUUACCAGAUGCUGGGAAACCAAGCGAAGGACAACGCCGAGGAGUCCCCGAGGGAGAGGGUGGACAAGAUCUUCGAACAGCUGGACAAGAACCACGACAACCAGCUGACAUUGGACGAGUUCAAGGAAGGCUCGAAGCAGGACCCCAAAAUUGUGCAGGCCCUGUCUCUGUACUCGGCUUGAACGUAGAUUGCAUCGAGAUCCCAUUCUGUCAGAACAAAAUAACCAAGAAGAUUUGAAGGUCAGGUCGAAGGAACGACAAGACUACAAUGCAAGACGGGCGGCGGGGGCGACUGGCUGGUUUCCAAGAGUGGACGGUAAACGGCGGACGACGCGACAAAAACAACCCACA